UACAACACGCGGUCCAACCAGGUUCGGAUCAUCAAGACCCCUGGCGGUGAGCUCCGUUACCUUCACAUCAAGAAGAAGGGUACCGCUCCCAAGUGCGGUGACUGUGGCAUCAAGCUCCCUGGUGUCCCCGCCCUCCGCCCCCGCGAGUACGCUCAGAUCUCCCGCCCCAAGAAGAACGUCAGCCGUGCCUACGGUGGUUCCCGCUGCGCUGGCUGCGUCAAGGACCGCAUCGUCCGCGCUUUCCUGAUUGAGGAGCAGAAGAUCGUCAAGAAGGUCCUCAAGGAGUCCCAGGAGAAGGCUGCCGGCAAGCGCUAA